CUGCAUCAUUCCCGCCCUCUCUCCCGCUUUCAGCUCUCUCUCUCUCUCUCUCUCUCUCUCUCUCUCUCUCUGUUUUCUCAGUUAUUAGAAAAAUCGACGACAGUUGAAUUCUCUACCUUCUCUAUCUUUCGGCAAAAAAAGGGCCCUCGGUGGCUCAUAUAUCGUAUGGCUGAAUCCAAACCUUUCUCGAAUAAGAUGGGAGCUCAACUGUUUGCUGUUCUGAAGGAGGGCAAUGAAGAGAGGAAUGAGGGAAAUUGUGACUAUCCAAGUUGGUGGGUUUUCAAACUACAUCGGCUCUCACUUUUGGAACUUCCAGGAUGAGUUGCUUGGUUUGGCUGAGGAGCCCAGUGGAGAUUCCAUCUACAAGAAUCCAUCUUUGGAUAUGGAUGUCCUUUAUCGUGCUGGUGAAACACAACAGGGUAUUCUUACAUACACCCCUCGUUUGGUAUCAAUUGGUUUCCAAGGAUCCCUUGGUUCACAAAGUUCUGGCGGUUCAUUGUAUGAUGAGAUUCCAUCAUCUGAUCCUUCAGGUGUUGUCACAUGGACUGGUAAUGUUUCCAGGCAUAUAUCUGAACCUCGUAAAAAGAAUCUAUUUCUAGAAAGCUUAUAUGAAGGACAGGGGAAAUCAACUGGUCCUGGUAAUGGCAUUGAGACAGAUGAUCCUCGUGGCCAAGUCCAAGAUAAAGAACUAGUUGAAUCCCUAGAAAAUGGUGUUCAGUUCUGGACAGAUUUUUCAAAAGUGCAUUAUCAUCCUCGAAGCCUAUAUGAAUUAAAUGGGUCGUGGGCAGAUGUUCAUGAAUUUGACAAUUAUGGAAUUGGGAGGGAUGUUUUAUCAGGGGGUAUACAGGGAGAAGAGAUGAACGAGAGACUGCGUUUCUUUGUUGAGGAAUGUGACCAUAUUCAGGGCAUCCAAUUCAUUGUUGAUGACUCAGGAGGUUUUUCCAGCGUAGCUGCUGAAUUCUUAGAGAAUAUUGCAGAUGAAUACAGUAACACUCCUGUGUUGCUUUAUUCUGCAAGGGGUUCAGACUCCUACAUGAACACUAUAAGCCAGAAGAAGUCCAUUUCAGGAGCUCUUCAUGAUGCCGUCUCCUUUGCAACACUGUCAUCUUUUUCUAAACUAAUAGUGCCAAUUGGAUUGCCUUCCCUGAGUACAAGUAAGGCAUCUUCCUUCCUUUGCAUUGAUGAUGCAAAGCCUUUCCACUCCAGUGCGGUUUAUGCUGCUGCAUUACACUCCAUAACUCUUCCCUUCCGAAUGGACUUGAAUAGGCCCACUGUUGAUUCCAAUUAUGUUGCCGGUGCUGUUGAUGUUAGCGGGUUGGUGCAUAUGUUAGCAGAUCAAGCUAGGCAAAAUAUGGUGGCGAUUCUUGAUGUAGCGAUGCCUGCUCCUGCAUUGACUGGGGGACAGAGGCUAGGAUCAAUCCAAGGGAGUCUGUGUUCUUUGACAGCUGAUGUUGCAGAGGACGUUAAAGACGUGUUGGCAGUAGAGUCCACAGUUAUUCAUGGAGCCCUUCAUUCAGGAAGUUGCCGGGCUUCAAUUUCUCAAGUGAAGGAUUCAGUUAAUGAUGCAUACCAAAGCGCAUCGACCAGACCGCUGUUCUCACAUCUCUCAGCAUCUCUCUGUCCUCUACCAAUACCUCUGCCUUUCCCUUCAAUAUUUGGAAAUUAUGUGGGCCAAUAUGGGGAGUUGUCAGGCAGUCCAGUUCCUGGGCCCCGAUCAAGGGGAUCACUUGACAUCAGUUCGAUUCCCAUGGCUGCAAGGCUGCGGUCAAGCAGUGCUGUCCUGCCAUAUGUUCAAAGAAGGUUGUCUGACCUUCGCAGAUUUGGGAUCAAUAGAGGAGCUCCUGGGGCUGAGUUGGUGCGGAGAUGGGGCUUUCAGAGUGACGACGUAACUGAUAUGGGGGAGGCGUUGUCUAAGAUGGUGGCGGCAUUGGAUCCUCAUUCCGACAUUUCGUCGGACUCGGAUUAGAUUCCGGGUGAGUGUUUGAACAUCGCGUGCUUUUAAAGUUCUGCAUUUGUUGCACAUUUAACAUGUUGUUGUUGUUGAGGUAUGACGCAGAUUACUAAGAAAAAUAGUAGAUCUGUUCAUCCUUAAAAGAUCAAAAGAUGUAUAUUUUGAGGUCCAUGUCCUAAAAAAACCAAGAAAUGUAUAUUUUCGAGUUUCA